GCUCUCUGCAGCACCAUCGGCCCGGCUUUCUUGCGCCCACGUCAUUGCGACGGAACCGCCGGCCAGCCCUGUCCGCGGCCGUAUCACGCGUCGAGACAUGCGGCCAGCGCGAGGCAAGAGCCACUAAGCCUACACAACCAUCGGCACCGGCCGCAUGCCUAACGUUAUCGCGACCACGUUAUAGAAACAAAGGCCCGGCAUGUCCGAGAGCGCGACAUGGCGAAUCCGGGCGGUACUCCUGCUGCUACUGCUGGCACUCGCGUUGCCCGACCCGUGCUCCACGCGGUCGGUGAACCCUCGCAGUCGUCGCGAGGUCGUCAAACGCGCCAAGCCGCCAGGGGGACACGACGACGACGGCGGAAGGCCAAUCACGGGGCUCCAGGCUGUUACCGUCCAAAGCGACGACACUGGAGUCCGAGCGAACGGCACCGCGGCUAGACCUAACAGGCGGCGACGGCCGCGGCUCCUGGACAUCGGCAGCCUCUUUCGGUAUGUAAUGUCGCCGUACGGCAACGCCACCGAUCGGCGCGCCAGCAACAAAUCCGAAGAGCCGGUGAGAAGCCGGCACAUCGACGCGUCCAUGGCCGAGGUGGUGGCAGUGCAGACGUUCGACGGUGACGUCGUGUGGAUCGAGGCCAAGUUCGUGAACCAGUCGCACGGCAACAGUCACGCGCGCCAUCGGCGGACAAGGCCCUACAGCGUCGAAGAGAGGCUUACGCUGGUCAUACCCGUGGUCGCCUUUCUGAUGCCGUUUCUCGUUUGGCUCAGCUGCAUGGUCAUCUGCAUCGUGAAGGCCACGGUCAAAGAGCCGUAUUGACU